GCUGCUGGGUCAGUGUUAUGCCGUCUAUUAAUAAUAAUAGAGUCAAAAUAGCCACGGCGAGGAGAAGAGGGGAAAUCCAUACUUUUAUUUCUUCUUUUUAGAAAACAACGAGGAUGAAACAGGGCGCAGAUAACGUGACACAAACUCCAACUGUCGGGUUUUAUACUCUCCAGUGUAACCGUGUGUUAUUUUGGGGGUUUUAGAUGCUUUUGUUUCGGUCACCUUACGCACGCAUACGGCUCGUCUCGUGCGCUCUUCUGCGGUCAUCCAUCCGCGCGCAGGCGGCUGCUGCUGCUGCUGCGGCUUGUUGGUAAACACGCAUCGGAUCCCGGCGGCAAGGACUCCCUCUGGUGCAUUGAUGCACCCGUUUCAGUGGUGUAACGGGUGCUUCUGUGGUCUGGGACUGGUUUACUCCAACAAGUCAUGCACCAUGCCGCCCAUCACCUUCCAAGACCUGCCUCUUAACAUCUACAUGGUCAUCUUCGGCACAGGCAUCUUCGUCUUCAUCCUGAGCCUCAUCUUCUGUUGUUAUUUCAUCAGUAAAUUACGACACCAAGCCCAGAGUGAGCGGUUUGGAUACAGAGAGGUGGUUUUAAAAGGAGAUCCAAAGAAGUUGAAUCUUCAUGGGCAGACGUGUGCCGUGUGUCUGGAGGACUUCAAAGUGAAAGACGAGCUGGGAGUGUUGCCAUGCCAACAUGCCUUUCACAGGAAGUGUCUGGUAAAAUGGCUGGAGGUGCGCUGUGUGUGUCCCAUGUGCAACAAACCCAUAGCUGGCCCCCCCGAGCAGCACCACAGCAUAGGGACUCUGCUGGAUGAACUGGUGUAAUCUAACAACCCCUGCCAGUCUGGGUAGGAAACCAAAACUAAGCUAAACCAGCUGGUGUAAGAUAGUGACCAACAACAUGGACAGAGGACACUGUUUUGCUGUAAAAAUAAAGAAAAAGAAACACGGUGAAACGCAGACAUGGUGAGAGUAAGUUGGGGUAACCUAGUUACCCCCUGGAAGAAGACUCUGAAGGAUGCUGUUGCUUAGCAACCGUCACGACACCUUGUGGUGUCUGAGAGAUUAUCUUCAGCCACCCACACAUCACUCCAGCUCUCUUCUUUCAACAUCCCCCUCUUCACCCGUUUCUUCACAUCUUCUCAUGUUGUCUGAAGUGAGGUUAAUGGCACUGCUGAAAUGGAGGAGACGCAGUCGUGUUUUUCACAGCAACGUGGACUAAUAAGUGUGGACAUGUGAGAGUGACGAAUCCCUCUGAGCAUGUGUGAGUGUUGUUUGUUGUGGUGGGCAUUGAUAUGACAUAAUCAGUACAGACAUAAGUUACUGACACUCUUGUGUAAAUUCAUACAAGAAGGUGAGAGCUCGUGAAUUAUUUAUGAAAAGUUACAAAAAACUAGCAGACAAAUUGACAUUUUCUGUUCAGUAUCUCACUGAAAAAACACAGAGCAGCAGCACAGACUAACAAUAGAUAGAGUUCAAUAAAGUGAAGAAAUUAAAAAAAUGGAGCAGACUGGAAACAAACACCAGGAGGAGACAGAUUUUAAGGAAACAACUAUAUUUUUAAGAACAUUUGGUUACCUCUCUGGAAUGAUCUGGUGGUUUAAGCUUUCAAACCCUUAAACUGGUUAAACCUAAAAUCAGAUUCAUCCGCAGGACCUUCAUGGUUGAUAUUAUUUCUACCACUUUACACUUAUCCAGCUGAUACCAGAUGUGUUUAGGUUCUACAUACUGUAUACAAGUUUUUCUUACAAGUUUUCUUGUUCAGUCACAUUUUUCUUGUGUUGUAAUUGUAACUAUUCGGUUCUUUGUUUGGAAGAUUUUUUUAGGCAUUGCACUUUAAAUUCACAAGUGUUUCCAAAAACACGCCAGUGUUCGAUCACAGCUUGGGCACACCACACCUGGAGUGUUUCAUAUAGACUCGUCGAUGCUGCUUCACGUGGAGACGAGUGAAGCAGCGGUACAGAGACUUUUCUGUGUUGUUUUUGUGAAUCCAUCUGAAAGGAAAAUUCAGUUUACUCAUACACAUCACUGCUGGUGAUUUACAUUCCUCUGUUGUUUUUGUAAUUUACAGUGGUUCAUAAAUCUUAGAGCAAAACACUGCCUGAAUUGAGCACAAAACUCACGAAGCACAUUAUCCAGACACAGCGCACACCUGCACUGUAGUUUGAAGCCAAACACACAGGUGAGGAUGCUGAAUUCACAGUAGUCUGUGUGUGUGAAGAGAAGAAAUUUUUAUGUCCUGUUGUAAAACAUGAGCUAAAGAAAUUCUUUGCUCUGCUUCUGGCCACAUUCCACAUUUUAUAAUUCUGAUGUAAAUAAAUUGAAACAAUAAUAAAUGCAUUUGUCUGUUUUGUGCA